AUUUGGAGUCUAAUGUAAUUGUUGAAUCCCGAGAUGUGGAAUUCUUCGAAAAUCUUAUCACGAAGGAUAAGGAACCCGAAAAUCCCACGAACGAAGAAUCUCGUGAGAAAGAUUCUACGCGGAUUGUUGAAACACAACCCGAGCCUAGGAUAAGCAAAAGGGCCCGAAAAGCUAAGGAUUUGGGACCAAAUGAAAUCGAUUCUCAACUUAUUUCCUUUUAUCUUGUUGAAGGAAAUUGCAAAAAUGAUCAAGAAACCUUUCAAAAGUGUUGAAAGAAAAUAUGAAAUGGCUUGGCCGAAAGAAUGAAAGUACUUAGAAGUGAUAGAGGCGGUGAGUACUUUUCUAGAGAAUUUGAUGCAUAUUCGAAAAAUGCGAAACAUGUGUUAAAAAAAAUGAUCAAGAAGACUGUUAAGUAAAUCUUCAAAGUUGAAUGGAUCCAGGCUGGAAUUGUGUACGGAACACUUUCCUUAUAGUAUUUCAAGAACUCUCGAUUUGUCUUAGAGUUUUGAUGCAGGAAUACCCAGGAUAAUUCAGCCUUCUCGAGUUUGCACAAGACGGAUGAAAACUCGAAUAUAGCGAAGAGUGUUGGAAUUGUGUUCUAGAGGAUUUGUGAUUUUGUUGAUGAAUUUCUGAAUUCAAAGUGAAUUAUUUAUAGGCUACAUCGGUGUUGUUUCACAAGGUAGCGACCCUUGGUGAAACAAUUCCUUUUACCAUAAGUUAUAAUGUUUGGCCAACAGCAACAUAUCCAACAGUUGCAUGUUUUCAUUAUGCAACAAUUCAUGAAGUGUUGCAACUUUCAAAUUCAAAAUUCAAAAACACUAGCAUUUACUCUAAUCGUCGUAGUUCUUGCUACUGGUGCAAAGGUGUCAAGCUAUAAGAAGCAUGGACACCCUAAUGUUAGGCACAAUUCUGAUGCUAAUUCCAUCAAUGCUGCAGUUGGUGAUGGAAGUAAUUCCAAUGGUGUAACUGAUGUGGCUUCAACAGGACCUAGUGCUAACCAUGUCCAUACCACAUCCUCACUUGAAUCAGGACAUGAAGUUCAAGAAGACGAUUGGUUUGGGUGAUCAUGUGGAUGGCCUCUACAACUUAGAAAUCAACUACUUUACCUCUGAAUCUCUGAUAUAUACCUCAAUCUCAUCAUGAUCCUUCCAUUGCCACUCACACCAAC